AUGGUCAAACGAGAACUCAAAGAAAAGAAAAAAAGUGGACUGAAGCCACCGGUUUUCUGCUACAUAUGUGGUCGUCAGUAUGGAUCUCAUAGCAUCGCUAUACAUGAACCGAAAUGUCUGGAGAAGUUCCACAUUGAGAAUAACAAGCUGCCAAGGAAUCAACGGCGCAGCGAACCGAAACGGCCGCCAGUGGUUCUAGGCGAAAAUGGAGAAGUCGAUGUGGAAGCAACCAAUGAAGCACGCUGGGAGAACGCACAAAGCCUGCUGAUUCAAUGUGAGCAUUGUGGUCGACGAUUCGCAGAGGAUCGAAUCGCUGUACAUCAGCGAAGCUGCACUGCAGAAAAUCCUGCCAAGUCAGUCUUUCGAGAGAAGAAGAAAAGCCGUUCUGUGUCAACGAAACGCAAUGGACAGGACAGGUCGUAG